AACACAGUUCAGUGUUGCUUCUUUGCAGUUCGCUGGUUACUUUUUUGUUACGAAACUGAUCUUUCGUAUCAACUCACGGUUUUAUUUAUUUUUACUACAGCCUACUCACGGUCUUUUUUUUUAAUUUGUGGGAUCAAGCUCUGAGGAUACACUAUGAGAUUCUUUAUUUUAUUAGUAAUUGCUGGUGCAGCAGUAGCCCAAAAUCAGUACCAAAAUCAGGGCCGUCAACAACAGCAACAACAAUAUCAAGACGAUGAACAACAAAGGUCACAGAUAAAUGACAGGCAAUAUUCUACAACAACUUAUAUUCCAAUUUUGCAGUGGAACAAAGAGCAGGAGCAUGAUGGAACAUACCGAACAAGCUAUGAAACCGGCAACAACAUAAUUGCUGAAGAGAGUGGAUACAUAAGAUCUACAGGAGAGGGCGAAGACAAGGUUGAUACUCUUGUACAGUCGGGUAGUUACUCUUACACAAGUCCUGAAGGUCAAUUAAUUUCUGUAACUUACACCGCUGACGAAACUGGAUUCCAUGCGAUUGGUGAUCAUAUCCCAACACCACCACCUGUCAGUGAAGAAAUCCAAAAAGGACUCGACCUUAUUUACGCUGGUAUCAAAAAGCAACAGGAGGAAGCGGCACAUGAUCAGCAACCACCUAAAGAAACGCAACUUUUGAGCCAACAACGUCUCGACCGACAAGAAGACAACAAAAAAUACCGUUUUUAAUAAAUUUAAUGAUAAGGUUAAAUAAUUAAAUUGUUUUAUCAAAUAGAGCGAGAUGGAGACUACGAUAGUCAGACUAUCAGAUCGAUUUCAAUAAAUAUUUUUUUAUAACUAUUAUUAAUAUUGUGAUGGUAAAUAUCAUUAUGAUUAUUAAUUUUUUUAUGAUCCUGAAGUUGGCAGACAAUUAAAAAUUUUCGGAUUUUUUUUUUUUCAACAAAUUAAUUACAAAAGAAAAAAAAUAAAAAUAUGCACGUGUAGAAAAUUCAAAAAACUGUAGGUGCAAUUUUUCAAAUAUUUUUUUUUUAAUAAUUUGUCGUUAUAAAAAAAAUUCAAAAAUUAUUAGACGUCUGCCAACUUCAGUAUCAUAUUUUUUUACGUCUUUUUAAUUCAUCUAUUGAGAUGAUGGUACUGAAUAAUAAUCUGUAAUCGGCUAUUUUUUAUUUUUAUAUUAUUAUUACUGUAUAUGUAUUGUAUUUUGUAAUGUAUUUUUUUUAUAGUAAUAAACUGGAUUAUGAAGAGCAAUUA